CCUAUGCUGUUGGACCUGGACCAGGACCUAGUGAGGAUAGGCAACCCAUGUUUGCAAGACCCAAAAGCAGACCCAGGGGUGGCCAGGGAUGUGACUGCAUCCCUGCUGAUGCCUCCACCACCCCCUCCCCCUCUGGCCGAGUCCCUGCAGGGUGCUGGGGGGAACAACCGAGGGAGAGAGGAGAACCCAGACCACGGCCUCAAGAGACAAAGAUCAUGUAGCCCGCAAGGCUCUGAUCUUAGUAACCUGGAGUCUUCUAUACCACACAUUCUCAUUUAGGUACUUUAUCUUACCCUAGAUGAGAGAAAGUCAGCCAGGAGGUCCAGCAGCGAUUCGGGUGAGGAGACAUGUUUUGCCGUUGUUACAAGUGUAAAUUGAUUAUCAAGGCCUUUGCUAGUGUUUUUGAAAAAUGUGCUGGUAUUCUUAUAGUUGUUGUUAAAAGUCCUACCAAUCUACCUCACUAGUACUCCUGUGAUAAAAGAUAUUUUAAGUAAAAAAAUCUAGCAGAGGAUAUGGAUCAUCAGUAUACAUUAGCUGUUUCAGUGUGAUAUUUGCUGUUCGAGUCUUGUUCUCUUUUUCUCCUACUUUG